AUGCAUGUCAAGAUGCAUCUAGUCAAGUUCUUUCUGGCUACUUGCCUUUCUCAGGCAUGGAAUGCUUCCGCACGACCACACCCCCAGGCCGAAGAGGCAUGCACCCCUCACGAUGAUCAUUGGCAUUGUCCUCCUGGUGUACAGCCGCCCAUCACGCCUCCUGGUCAAGCUGAUCCUACGACUACUGCGCAGCCACAGCCGACUAUCACCGCUGUCCCAACAACUUGCUUCCCUACCACCACCGCAGUUCCUCAAUUGGUAACUCUCAAGACGAACCUGGAGGACUCCAGAACCUUCCUUCGGUACAUGAACCCAAAGUACUCAACCUCAGGUGCCGUCUUCUCAGGUUACUCUGUUCUCUGGUAUUCCUCAGAGGGAACGUACACUCGAAGCACCGGUGUCAUAACCGUGACCAACACCUUGUUCUACGAUUCCAACGCCUUGUCGUCCGAGGGAUACGAUAUCACCACCAAGACAUCCACACGGACGACCUGCGUCACUCGAACCACCGAUGGCCCAUCAGCAACCUGUUCCCCACAUGGAGAUCACUGGCAUUGUCCCCCAGGAGUUGAAGAGCCAACUACACCUCCGCCGCAGGAGACUACAACUACCCAAAAAGAGCCCACAGGAACUUGUUCCCCCCAUGGAGAUCACUGGCACUGCCCUCCAGGAGUUGAAGAGCCAACUACGCCUCCCUCACAGGAAACUACAACUACGCCAAAAGAGCCUACGGGAACCUGCUCUCCUCAUGGUGACCACUGGCAUUGUCCGCCGGGUGUGGAGGAGCCCACCACACCUCCCCCGAUCAUCACGUCCAAGUCAACUGUGACCACAGGCAAGGAUGAACCUACGGGAACUUGUUCCCCCCACGGAGAUCACUGGCAUUGCCCCCCUGGGGUUGAGGAGCCUACGACUCCUCCUCCCGUCAUUACAUCGAAGACAACCAAGACCACAGGCAAGGACGAGCCCACUGGUACAUGUUCCCCUCAUGGUGACCAUUGGCACUGCCCCCCUGGUGUCGAAGAACCUACAACACCCCCACCUGUCAUCACAUCUAAGUCGACUGCCACGACGGGCAACGAUAAGCCAACAGGAACUUGCUCCCCCCAUGGCGAUCAUUGGCAUUGCCCUCCAGGUGUAGAGGAACCCACAACACCACCCACGCAGGAGUCUAGCACAAAGCCUUCUCCUACGGGUGGUAACAACGGGUGCACUCCCCACGGUGACCACUGGCAUUGUCCCCCCGGUGUGAAGGAGCCUACCAACCCACCCGCCAAACCCACCAGCGGUACGAACCCGUCCCCUACAGGCAGCACCGAGUGUACAGCUCAUGGCGACCACUGGCACUGCCCGCCAGGUGUUGAAGAGCCCCCCUUCCCUCCUGGUCAAGGCUCCGACAAUGGAGAUGGUGAUGAUGAUGGGCACAAUGGCGGCCAAGACCCAGGAGAGUGCGUUGCUCACGGAGACCACUGGCAUUGCCCCGAUGGAGUCGAGGAGCCUCCUUUCCCUCCCGGCCAAGGUUCUGACAACGGAAACGGUGGCGAUGAUGGUGGACACGACGGUGGUGAAGAUUCUGGGGAGUGUGUCGCUCAUGGUGAUCAUUGGCACUGUCCUGAUGGAGUCGAGGAGCCCCCCUUCCCUCCUGGUCAAGGCUCCGACAAUGGAGAUGGUGAUGAUGAUGGGCACAAUGGCGGCCAAGACCCAGGAGAGUGCGUUGCUCACGGAGACCACUGGCAUUGCCCCGAAGGCGUUGAGGAGCCUCCUUACCCCCCAGGACAAGAGCCUGGUGGUGAUGGUGAUAACUCAAGCGGUCACUCUGGCAGUGGUGAUGGUGCCGCCGGAGAGUGUGUUGCUCACGGUGACCACUGGCAUUGCCCCGAAGGAGUCGAAGAGCCCCCUUACGCUCCGGGAGAAGGACCAGGCAACCAGUCCGGCUCUGGCGAUAACCACGCUGGUGGCGAUGCCGAGGGUACUGAAUGUGUGGCUCAUGGCGAUCACUGGCACUGCCCCGAAGGAGUUGAAGAACCACCCUACGCUCCAGGAGAAGAGCCUGGUAAGGAUGCCGGCUCUGGUGAUGGCUCCGGCGAUAGCUCUUCUACUGAGUGCGUUGCCCACGGCGACCACUGGCAUUGUCCUGAAGGCGUUGAGGAGCCCCCUUAUGCCCCAGGAGAAGAGCCAGGUAACGAAUCCGGCGGCGAUGGUGGCCAUAGCGGUGAUGCUGGAGCCACAGAAUGUAUCGCACAUGGAGAUCACUGGCACUGCCCUGAGGGAGUUGAAGAACCACCCUACGCCCCCGGAGAAGAGCCAGGUCAUGAGUCCGGCUCUGGCGAAGGUGCUUCUACUGAGUGUGUAGCUCACGGCGACCACUGGCAUUGCCCGGAGGGAGUUGAAGAACCGGCUUACCCCCCGGGACAAGAGCAGUCCAGCUCUGGUGAUGAGGAUGAAGCCACCGAGUGUGUCGCGCAUGGCGAUCACUGGCAUUGUCCCGAGGGAGUUGAAGAGCCCUCGUACCCCCCUGGAAGCGAGUCUCAGGCUGCCGUCCCAAGCCCAACUACGCUGGUCACCGUACCUGAGCCCACCGCGACUGAGGAGUCGCCUGUUGUUGUAACGGGUGCAGCCAGCCGAUUCGUUUCUCCAGCUCUUUCGGCGUGGGUUGCUAUCUUGGUUGCCGCAAACCUGCUCUGA